AUGGUCAUAAGGGUGAAACGGGAUUCUGCAUGGCUGAACUCACACCUAUCCCUUUCCUCAACCCACCUAUCUCCUCCCCUUCACUUCCUUCCGCCCUGCACCAUCAUGCACAGCAUAGCAACUAUAAUGCACGGCAUAGCGCUGCACAGGGGGCUGCAGGAGGAGGCGCUAGAGGUGAAGGCACCCCCAACUGCUGCCAAGAAAAUCACAUCUGCUAACAAGUUCGAAGAGCGGCUACUAGCCGAGGUGGUACCCCCAGACGAAGUCGGGGUGACGUUCAGCCAGAUCGGUGCCUUAGAAGCCGUGAAGGACACUCUGAAGGAGCUCGUCAUGCUGCCUCUCAGGCGGCCAGAGCUGUUCACGCGCGGGCAGCUGACGCGGCCGUGCAAGGGCAUUCUGCUGUUCGGCCCGCCCGGCACGGGCAAGACCAUGCUGGCCAAGGCCGUGGCCACCGAGGCCGGGGCGAGCUUCAUUAACAUCUCCAUGAGCGCCGUGCUGCACAAGUGGCUGGGCGAGGCGGAGAAGUCAGUGAAGGCGAUCUUCUCGGUGGCCAGUAAGAUGGCGCCAGCUGUCGUGUUCGUGGAUGAGGUGGACAGCCUGCUGGGGCGGCGAGGGCAGUGGGGGGAGCACGAGGCGAUGCGCAAGGUGAAGAACGAGUUCAUGUCGUGUUGGGACGGGCUGCGCACGCGGGCGCAUGAGAGAGUGCUGGUUCUGGCGGCCACGAAUCGGCCGUUCGAUCUUGACGAUGCCAUCAUCCGACGGUUCCCACGACGGCUGAUGGUGGACCUACCAGACGCGGACAACAGGGAGAAGAUCCUUAGGGUGAUUCUAAAGGACGAGGAGGUGGAGGAGGGGUUUGACUAUAAGGAGCUCGCUGCCAUGACCGAGGGGUACUCGGGGAGUGACCUCAAGAACCUGUGUGUGACGGCGGCGUAUCAGCCCAUCAAGGAGAUUCUCAAACAAGAGGAGGUGGAGAAGAAGAGGCUGCAGCUGGAGGAAGCUUCCAAGAAGGCGGACAGCUCAACUGCAGCAGCAGCAGGAGAGGUGCAACCACCACCACCCGCUGCUGCAGCAGCUUCUGGUGGGAGCAGUGAGGGAGGUGGGGGGGUUAGUGAAGGAGAUGCAGCAGCGGAAGCAGCAACAACAACAACAGGUGGUGGGCAAGCUGCAGAGGGCGGCGAUCAGGUGGGCGGCAGUGAGGUGGGCGGCAGUGAGGUGGGCGGCAGUGAGGUGGGCGGCAACCAGGUUCUGUUUAUUGAGGGCGAUGAGGCAGGUGAGAAGAGCUGCUUGGAGGUUGCUUGUAAUGGAGGUGCUACUAGUGAGAGCGUUUGCAAGGGUGGGGCGGAUGGUGAACCUAAGAAGGAAGAGGGAACGGAUGGAAAUGAGAAAAGAGGAGGGAAGGGAGUGGAGGAGGGUGUGAGCGUGAAAGGUUGUGACAAUGGCGGUGGUGCUGGGAAAGGGGGAGAGGAUGAGCAGGUUGUGGCAGUGAAGGAAGGUGAAGGUGGCCCCUGCGUUGGAGAGGUGAUCAUAAUGAACGGCACUGUACGGAGUUCCGAUCUAGUAGACGGUGCUUUGGCGAGUGACCAUUCGAUGAAUGGCGUUUCAGAGAGUGUGAGUGCAGGUGGUGUGACUGAAGAGGACGCAAUAUGCAGGAAAGAUGCCAGGUCAGGCGAGAUUGAGAGCAGAGAGACAGAAGAGAACAAGGUGAGAGCGGAGGUGCGAGAGGGAGGUGCGGGGGUGGCAGAGGCAGCAGGAGGGCGGAGCAUGGAAGGAGGAGUGGCAGAGCAAUUGCGGAUAGAUGAGAGUCAAGCUAAUGGGGGUGAAUCUGCUGCAGCUGAGGCUGGGAGCGACAGGGACAGUGGGAGUGAGAGCGCUGCAGGGGAUGAUAGUGCUGCAAUGGCAAAGGACAAUACAUGUGCAGGGGAGAGUGAAAGUGUAGGAGCUGAAAAGAAAGAGGCUGCAACUGAGGAACCAGAAGGUGAAGAAGCAGGUUCAUUAGCCGGUUCACGGGGUAAGGAGGACGGCGGAGGUGAGAAGGGGCAGAGUGAGAAGGUGGAGGGGAGGGAGGGAGAAGCAGAGGAGGCAGCAGAAGAGGCAGCAAAGGAGGCGCUGGUGAGGGGCAUCGUGGAGGAUAUCCUGAGGCGGGGCACUGUUGACAGCACCAACGCCUCUCCUGCUGACCUGUGCGCUGACAUGGCAGCUGCACUUGAGAUGGUCAAGGAGAUCACACGUGAGGAUGACACGUCAGCAACAGAAGCCGGGGAAAAGGGAAGCAGUUCGAUAAAAAAUGGUAGAGAAGGUGCGGGUAAAUCAGAAGGUGAAGGAGAGCGGAGAGACGGGGAAGGAGGUCCAGGAGGCAGUGAAAGAGACACUCAGAGCCAAGACCAGCAGCAGUCGCAAGCACCGGAUUCCGCGACCUCUCUCCCUCGCCCUCGCAGCGUCUCCCUGCUCCAAUUAGCCGAGGACAGCUGGCGCGAGCGCACUGGUGCAGGCCUGUCAGGGCUGGGCAAGGCAGCAGCAGACGGUGCUGCUGGCAGCAGCGGCGGCAGCAGUGGUGGUGGCGGUGGUAACCGCGUGUUACGGCUGCGGCCAAUCACGAUGGCGGACAUGCGGGCGGCGAAGCAGCAGGUGGCGCCGAGCACGGCGGGGGACAGCAGCAGCAUGGCGGAGCUAAGGCAGUGGAACGACCUCUAUGGGGAGGGCGGCUCGCGCAAGAAAGAAAAACUGUCCUACUUCCUCUGA